AGGAGGAAAACACACAUACUAAGGUGUCACGGCCUGCUUCUGUUUCUCCUUGUAAUUGCUACGAUGCUCCGUUUGUUUUUCUCCAAUAUUUCAGAUUGCUUGAAGGCUGAUAAAGGGGUGCCCGAGUAUGAACUCAUAUCAUGCUUUGCUUUGACAUCCUAAAGGCAGGGGUAUAUAUAGCCCUCUAUACACCAAGAGUCUCCGGUAUCUCUUAUAUGGGGAAAAAUGUGAGCAUGGAGUAUGUGUUGAAUGAGCAGACCAUCAAGCAACUGUUUAUCAUGUGUGAGUCGGCUGUGUGAUCAUGUGACCAUUCUAUUUUGCAUGUUUUGUUUUUGAGUUCUUAUCUUAAACAAAGAAAAGAACAGUAUCGUACUUGGUUGGAGAGAACUCACACUAAAAGGAUGUUGAGGAUCCUGAAUGAGUGAGUACUUGAGCAGCAAUUGCAUUUGCAAACAGGUUAGAGUAACUCACAGAUUCGCUAUACACCCCUACCUCCAUAAUAACCAUCAAUACAAGUAGUACAAGAACAUAAUGUGCAUGUUAGUAAUCCAAGUCUGUUGCAUCAUGAAAGAUGUGUGAAAUAGGUUGGGAAUAGACUCAUUGUAACUAAUUUUUCAGCUCCCUUUCAAGAACAGCAUUUCAUAGAAAAGAACACCAGAGAAAGUGGGUCACGAAUUGGAAAUUGUUAAGAUUAAAUCAGGGGUUAUCCAGUGGGGGUUCCAUGGGUGCCAUGGCACCCCCUCCAAAUAUGUAAAAAAACAUAAAGCCAAUUUUGGUUCUAUUUCUUAUAAUUUUAAUGAUAUUUGGACCAUAUUAUGAUAUUUUUAGUUUAUUUUUUAGAAACCUUUAAACAAUGUAUUGAACUUAUGUUAUUCAUACAUUAUACAUAUAUAUUGGGUGAAUUUCAGGAACUCUCAGAAGUUUCCUUCACCGGGCCGGGCAGCUAUUUGCUCCGCAGGUCAUGGUCAGCAACAUCUUCUGGUCUACAUCGACAACUUCCCAGUCGUUGCUUCUACGAGCUAUUUGGUUUAAACAAGUUUCUCCACUGAGACGAAGGCUCAGAGGCGCCAACGAGCGUUGCUCAUGGCACGCCGCCGGUAGACGCAAUAGGAAGAAGACUUCGGCAUCCCCAAGGACUUGGAUUUUAUUUUUUAUUUUUGCAAGGCUGUUUUUGUAAUAGUAUGUGCUACUCAAUAUAUGGGCUUUGGCCUUUUUGCAAAAAAGAACAUUCGUGAUUAGAGGAAUUAUUUUUUAUAGCAAAGUGAACUUUAUUAGGAAGCAAACACACUUAAUCAUUCGCCAAGAUUUUUUUUUUUUGAGAGAGAAUCAUUCACCAAGAUUGAGAUGAACGAAAACCAGUGAGUCACCAAGUACAAAUCUGUAACAAAUAAACAAAGUAAUCAAAGGUCAAAUUCCCCUAUCAUAUAUAAGAACAUAGCUAGUAGCCGCCAUCAAUAACAUUCUGGUAUUGUACGCACCUAAAGCAAAUUAUGAAUCAAUAAUACGUAAGGAAGUCACUAGUCAAAGGUCAGAUUCCCCCAACAUAUAUAAAAACAUAACUAGUACUCCUAUGUAUAGCCGCCAUCAAUCAAAUUAGGCUACUGUAUAUAAACAAAUCAAAGUCUCGAAAGAGCUUUGCUAACUACAAAUUGCUCUAAACUUCUGCGCCAUGCCGUCGCUGUACACAUGUCUCACAAAAUUAACACAAAGUGUUGUCUGUUCGCUAUGAUAUAUAGAAAUUGUUGUGUAUAUGACUGUACAAACCCUAUACGAAAAUGAUGCCAACAGAGAGAUUAAUUUUAUUCGUCGCUAUCUAGUCAACUAAAUAUUUGUGGUCACUCAAUUAUUGUGGAUCUGCCGUCUGCGGAGUUAUAGCUGACCUUGGUACUAUAAUUUUGUAACUGCAAUUCGAUACGUCUUGAUAAUCAUUUAUUUAAUUUGUUGAUGAAGUCUACUGGACGAAAUAUUUGUUUAUGACCUGCACGUAUAUAUUAAUCACCGUUCACAAGGGUUCAUAGAAAGAAAACUCAACUUAUUCAAGUAUCCAACUCACAUGGUUAGCUAGUACUACAUGAGGCCCUGUUUGGUUCACAAGUCCUAGGACUUUUUUUAGUCCCAACUUAUAAGUCCCAAGUCCCUAAAAAGUCCCUACCUGUUUGGUUUCUGGGACUUAAUAUGGACUAAAAGACCAUAUUACAACUAUAAGUCCCUAUAAGUCCCUCCUUGAGAGUCUUAUUUCAUAAGUCCCAAAUGCCCACUUUAAGUCCCUAUAAGUCCCUCAUGUUUGGUUUAGAUGGGACUUAUAGGGACUUUUUUAAGUCCCUAAAUCAAUAAGUCUCUGGAAACAAACACCCUCUCACUAAUCCAUGUAUUUAAUUAACCUCUCUGGUUGACCUUGUAACUACACGCGCAACCACCCGGCAGGGUGUCGUAUUCCCUAUAUAUGCACACAACAUCUUCUUCCUUCUCCGAAGAGUUAGUAGAACAAAGCAUUCAUCCAUCCAUCCAAACUAUCCCAUCUUCCCCAACAACUUGUACACUUCUCCAUGCCAUGCCUCCUCUCAUCUACACAUUACUCGGGCUUCUCCUUCUCUCGUACGCAGCUCCUCGAUGCUCCUCUGCAGGCGACACUCUCGCGGCAGGUCAAACUUUCGCGGCUGUUGGUGCCGGUGCCGGCAAGCUCGUCUCAAGAAAUGGCAAGUACGCGCUCGGCUUCUUCCAACCAGCUACAAUGAUUGCAAGCACCAUGAGUAGUAGUAAGUCCCACGACAACACCAGCUCUAGCUCUAGCUGGUACUUUGGCAUAUGGUUCAAUAAGAUUCCAGUUUUUACUACUGUGUGGGUUGCUAAUAGGGAGGAGCCCAUCGCUCAUCCCAAUAUCAACUCCACACAGCUCAGGAUCUCAAGUGACGGCAAUCUUGUCAUCAUCGUAGACCAUGUUGAUGCCGGCACUGAAUCCCUUGUCUGGUCCACUCACAUCGUCAAUAGGACACAAACCACCACCACCACGACAACCCUUGUUCUCCUAAACAGUGGAAACCUUGUCCUCCUACCCACAAACACUAGCCAAGAGAUGCCUUCGUGGCAGAGUUUCGACCACCCAACAGAUGUUGUGCUUCCUGGCGUCAAGCUUGGCUGGGACAAGGUCACCGGCUUGAUCAACACGAUCAUCUCAAAGAAGAGUCUCAUUAAUCCUGGUCUUGGCUCAUACAGUGUUGGACUAGAAGGUGCCACGGGGAUGGUCCUCAAGCGCCGCAACAACCCCUCUGUAGUGUAUUGGCAAUUUGUGUCCUCUACAACAUCAACAUUGGUACCAAUAAUCCAGUCACUGGUAGAUUUGGAUCCUCGGAUUAAAGGUCUGGUUAACCCAAUAUAUGUUGAUAACAACCGAGAGGAGUACUACAUGUACACUUCACCGGAUGAAUCACCGCCUUUAUUUGUCUCACUGGACACCUCGGGUCAAACAAAAAUGAUGUUUUGGUCUCAAGCCAGACAGACCUGGGAAACCAUAGGUGCCAACCCUGAUGGUCCCUGCAUGACGCCUGCUACAUGUGGACCUUUUGCGGUCUGCAACAACCAUGCACAUAUAUUAUGUGAGUGUAUGGAGGGCUUCUCUCAGAAGUCACCACAGGAUUGGGAGUUUAAUGAUAGAACAGGCGGAUGCAUCAGAAACACACCAUUACAGUACUGCGGCACUAGUGAGAAAAACAUGACAAGUUCAAAAGACAUGUUCCACCCGAUUGCUCAAGCUACAUUGCCCUACAAGCCCCAACUCAUAGCCCUUGCUUCAACUCAGACAAAAUGCGAAGAAGCUUGUCUUAGCUCUUGCUCUUGCACUGCUUACUCCUUUAACAAUGACAAAUGCUCCGUCUGGUAUGGGGAAUUACUUAGUGUAAGUAUGAAUGAUGGCAUUGAUUUUACAGCUGAAGAUGUUCUUUACAUUCGCCUUGCCGCCAAAGAUUUAAGUUUCAGAAAAAAUAAAAGAAAGCUGCAUGUCGGAGUUGUUAUUGCAGGAGCCAUUACUGGUCUUGGGUUACUAAUGAUCAUGGUGUUGUUAUUGAUUUGGAUGAAGAAACUCAAAUGGUGUGGUUUGCCUUUAUACGGCAAUCAAGAUAGUGGUGGAGGGAUUAUGGCCUUUAGAUUCACGGAUUUAGUCCGUGCUACUAAAAACUUCUCUGAAAAGCUAGGAGGAGGUGGUUUUGGUUCUGUAUACAAGGGAGUAUUAAAUGACUCAACUAGUAUAGCAGUGAAGAGGCUUGAUGGUGCAUCUCAAGGAGAGAAGCAAUUCAGGGCCGAGGUGAGCUCAGUUGGACUCAUCCAACAUAUCAACAUAGUCAAAUUGAUUGGUUUCUGCAGCGAAGGUGAUAAAAGGUUACUUGUAUAUGAACACAUGUCAAAUGGGUCUCUGGAUGACCAUCUGUUUAAGAAGAGCAAUGCUAAUGGUGAUAUCCUGAAUUGGAACACUAGAUUUCAAAUAACCCUUGGAAUUGCUAGAGGAUUGUCCUACUUGCAUCAGAGUUGUCGCCAAUGCAUCAUACACUGUGAUAUUAAGCCAGAAAAUAUACUUUUGGAUGCAUCAUUUGUUCCUAAAGUUGCUGACUUUGGGUUGGCGGCAUUAGUCGGACGGGAUUUUAGCCGAAUUCUAACCACGUUCAGAGGAACUGUUGGUUAUCUUGCUCCGGAGUGGCUUAGCGGGAAUGCUAUUACGCCAAAAGUUGAUGUUUAUAGCUUUGGCAUGGUACUUCUAGAAAUCAUAUCAGGGGCUAGGAAUUCAUCUGGAACAUACAACACUAGGAAUAACCACUCUGCUAAAUUUUUCCCAGUGCAAGCUAUCUACAAGCUUCAUGGGGGUGAUGUGCAGAGUUUGGUGGAUCCAAAUUUGCAUGGUGACUUCAAUUUAGAAGAGGUCGAAAGGGUUUGCAAGGUUGCAUGUUGGUGUAUCCAAGAUAAUGAAUUUGAUCGACCGACGAUGGGUGAAAUGGUUCGGGUUCUCGAGGGUCUACAGGAGAUUGGCAUGCCCCCGAUGCCGAGACAACUUGCGGCUAUGACGGAACAAUAUGGUGCAACCUCUUCAAUAUACAUAGUAAACAGUCACAGUCGAUGUGACUAAUUGUCGUUUCUGCAAAUUAUAAAGUGUUAUUGUGGAGUACAGGGAACAAAAGAAGGCAAAGCUUGGAGUUCCUAAUUCUUUCUUUAUUUAUUUCCAAUUUUAGUGUGCAAGCGCUUGUAGAAAAAGUAUUGCAUGUUGAAUUGAAUAUGUGUAUGCUUUCUUAACGGAUGAUUUUAUCCCUUAAAUCCUUGAUUUGAAAAUGUUGAUGUAUAUAUGUAUAUCACUACUAGUUCUUCAUCAAUAAUGGUGUUUAUGUUUUGUUGAUGGUGUGUAAUUGAUCGUCUCUCAGAGUUUGAGAGGAUGUCUAGUGUUGAGCUUUUGAGCCAAAUGUAAUCCUUCAGACUAAUUUUUUAUGAGGAAUUGAAGGAUCAAGAUGAUUGACUGCGGAGAGUAAGCAAUUGUAAAUUUACUUCUUCCUUUUGCACUUUAGGCAUUCCGGAUAAAUAAGUUCUCCUAAAUGAAACUAUGGUGGGUACAACCUAUAUGCAGAUAUGAAGGGAUCAAAGAAAAUACACAAGUGACAAACCUUGGAUAAGAAUUAACCGAGGCGUGCAGAGACAGAGAUGUAUCCACUUCCUUGGAGAGAAGCUAGUCACUGUGAGAGAGGUGUGGGCACCACCAGGGUUUACCAACACCACCAAGACUCAUCUUCUUCUCCUUGAGCCUCUCACACAAAGUAGGAGCUCAAUCGCUAGUUCAGACUAAACU